AUGACGAACCCACCCACCUUAACCAUACACACCCUCAACAUCGACCCAGACGAGGAAGACCACUACUCCUCUUCCUCCUCCCCAUCCGAUGAGGAGGAAUCGUUUAGCGAAUCCGAGUCUGGUUCUGGGUUGUCCGAAGAGGAAGAUGAGGAUGAGGAGGGCGGGCAGGCGGUAGGCCAGGGGGCCGAGGGGAAAGGUAAAGGGAAGGAAAAGGAGAGGAGUGGGAGUGUCGAUGGGGACUUUGACCGGCUAAUCCAAGGCAUCCGCUCGCAAACCUCCACCGGCACAACCCUCAUCAAAGACUGGGACAUGUCCUUCGUCGCCCAGCAAGAGGCCGAAUUCAAAGAUGACCUCCGAGAAGCGAGUGGAGUGGGGCGUAAGCGGCGCAAGGAUUCCUUAUUCACUCGUCCUCCUCGCUCACUUCACUCGCCCUCGCCCGACCCUCCUCACUCUUGCGCAUCCUUCACUCCCGCGGACCCCACCCUCCAGAAAGGCCGCACAACAGGCCCCACCCUCUCGCACCAAGUCAAAUCCCUAAUCGGCGAAGCCAACCAAGCCUACAUCGACUCCAACCUCCCCCUCACAAUCGACCUGAUGACCGAAGUCAUCCGCAUCGAACCGCGCGCCUCCGCCGCCUGGUCCGUCCUCGCCCAAUGCUAUGACGACCUCUCCGACUCCCACACCGCCCUCAAACUUCGUGUGAUGGCAGCGCAUUUGCGUAAUGAUGCGGAGGAGUGGGAGAGGUUGGGGAGGAAGAGUAGGGAGAUGGGACUGGUACAGCAGGCGCUUUAUUGUUUUGGGAAGAUGACGCAGGUUGAUCCGGAGAAUAUGGAGUACCUCUGGGAUCGGGCGGUUUUUGCGAAGGAGGUUGGGGAGGGGAGGGUUGCGAGGUCGUGUUUUCUUGGGAUACUCAAACGAUAUCCUAACGACCUUGUGGUGUUGAGGGAGGUACACCCGAUAUUGGUGGAAUGUGGGGAAUUGGGCGUGUGUGCGCAGCUGUUGCAGCAGGCGUUCGAGUUUCAUUUGAGGGGGAGGUCGGACGAGGGGGGUGGUGGAGAGAAUAACCCGAACAGACUCACCAUCCUAGACGUCCUCCUCUUAGCGGACCUCUACAACGCGUUGGGGGCGUACGAGAAGGCUGUGGACGUCAUUCGCAAGGGCGUACGAUGGCUGCAAGGCCGCGAAGACCAACGAUACUGGGAUCUAUGCGAGGACGAUAGGGAGUACGACCUGCCCGGUACCAUCCGCGACGCCAACGGGAACACCCUCGUCGCGCCUCCCUCUGGCGAAGAUGUUUCAGCGACAAUCCCUCCUCCUGGCUCUGGCUCUGGCUCAGGUUCUCUCGGACCAGGAGUAGGACCAGGAGGAAUAGGAGGAAUAGGAGUGGGUGGGGGACCAAACGCAGCCCUGGGAGGCGGCGCACCGCAAACACCCCUCCCACUCCCAGGCAGACCGGGCGCGGGGAUGCAACCGGGGUACUACCCCCUCGACACGAACGCCCGCCACAGGCUGGCGGUGGCGAGGAUUAAGAUGGGGGAUGUGGAUGAGGGGAAGGUGUGUGCUUUGUUGGUUCGUUUAUGUUUGAGUGCUCAUUGUCAUUCUUUUCUCUCUCUCUUCCCUUCUCUACCUCUCCGUUCUCUAUCGGCCCACGCAUCGCUCACUCCGUCCACUCCGCCUACUCGCUCGCCCAACCCACCCACCCCCGCCCUAUUCGCUCACUCCGCCUAUUCGCUCACUCCACCUACUCGCUCACUCCCCCUUCUCUCCCUACGUUCUCUAUCGCCCCACGCAUCGCUCGCCCAGCGCCACGCCUCCAUAAUCCUCUCCGAAGACGUCCUCGACUACGCCGUGCUCUUCUCCGAGAUCGCGGAUGCCUAUUUCGAGCGCGAGAUGUGGGCCGAGGCGAGGCCUAUUUAUGAGUUGUUGGGUGGGGAUCCUGCGACGAGCAGCAUCUACGUCCUCCUCCAAACGGCGGCUUGUAUGCGGAAUUUGGAGCAGUUGAAGGAGGCUGCUGAGGUUUAUGAACAUAGUGCGUAUCCUUGUUUCUUCGCCUUUUGCUUUGCUUUGUAG